CUCAAACAAACAGAGCCCCCAACAUCUCUUCUUCUCCAGCCCAGAAAAGGGAAAAACCAGACUUCUUCUUCUACAUCCAAAACUGGUGGCGGUGAACGAUGAUUCCGAUUUCCAAAUAAUUUGCCUACAUUAUUGGCUCUCCAAACCCUAAUGAUCGUAGAAUCCGUAAUUUUGUGCUUCAAUUUCUUGCUCAAAAACUGUUGAAGCUGCCUUGAUGGGCGUCGAAUCGAACUCUGCGGCACCGCCACCACCAUCGUCGUCUUCUACACCUUCUCCGAGCGCGAAGCGAGCCAGAGAUCCCGAAGAUGAAGUUUAUCUCGACAAUUUCCACUCUCAUAAGCGCUACCUCAGUGAGGUACCCUUUUGCGCCCUCAAUUUACAAUAAUGGCUUCUAGUUUGAAUGGAUUGACGGUUGGGGACCCCCUCCCUGAGAAUCUCAUGGAUUCUCCUGCAAGGUCGGAAUCCAUGCUUUAUCUAAGGGAUGAAAUGUCCUGGCAAUAUUCUCCUAUGUCUGAAGAUUCAGAUGACUGCCGUUUUUGUGAGACAUCCACAAACUUAUUUCCUUUGCAGUCUGACAGUGUACCUACCAGUCCAGUCUCGCCAUAUCGAUAUCAAAGACCGUUCAGCACGGUGACUCCUUCAACAAGUACUAAUAAUAAUUCACUUGGAUGUUCUACUAGUCCCGUCCCUGGCUUGCAACCACAUCAACGUGGAUCAGAUUCUGAGGGCCGUUUCCCGUCAUCUCCCAGCGACAUAUGCCACUCGGCAGACUUGAGAAGGGCUGCGCUCUUGCGUUCUGUUCAAAUGAGAGCACAACCUCCUGGUCCAUCAUCUAUGGAGUUGCCAUAUUGCUCAAUGACUGAGCCUGGACCUAAUAUAGAAGCUGAGGAGCGGCCAUGUGCUUUCACAAAAUCGUUAGUCAAUGAAAGAGUAUAUCAACUUGAGGAAUGCUCCACAAUGAGAGUGUCCGAACCCGAAUAUAACCAACAGAAACCGUGCAAGGACUUGAACAGGAAUAUGAAGGAUAGUGAAUCCGGAGAGUCGUAAAUGCUCGAAAAUGUACAUAGGAAAAUCUCUUCUAACAUCACAAAUGGGACACAUUGCUGCUGUGGGAUUGAAAGUGUUUUGGUCAGUCCCAUGGAAGUUCUCUUUUUUACAUUUGCUGCCAAAUUUACUCGCUUUUGCUCGUUCAGGGAUGGUUUGGUUUUCUGCUAGGUUCUCUCUCGGGUGUGCGGUGGCUUGCACCAUCUUGUUGAGCAUGCAUAGAAGCUACAGUUUAUCUAUUUGGUACGAUCAAAGUAUGAAGCCGAGAGAAGACGUUUUGCUGAGCUAAUUUUGUAGAUAAAAUGGCCGCAAAUUUUCGGGUCAAGAAGUCAGAAGUUGCAAGUGUUCCAUUUCGUUUCAUAUUUGUAAUGCUGUUAUUAACUUAUCGUUGAGUUCUUGUUGUGAUAGCCACAAAGAUUUUACUGGCAAAUUUGAUGGGAAAACGAUGAGAUGAAUAGAGAUGAAAUUACAUAUUGAGUUUCUAUCA